AUGGCCGCACAAUACGAAAAACUACGAUUGCGAACGCUAUUGCAGGCUGCACAAGCUGUAGUCCUAUUUUCUCGCGUGGUGUUGCUAAAUGUCUACCCGAUGGUGAGCCUGAUUGAGCUUGCCCGACCGCCCUACCAAGGAAGCUGCGGCGACUCUCUAGCUACGGGAGUUUUGCAAGAACUUCAUGCUCCUUUUCCCUUCCUUCACGAGAAGAGGAUUCAGUUCUACCGGAUUAUUUACGUGCACUCACUACCAAGAGACGCACAGACGAGAGCUUCCAGGUGCAGGCUUCUUUCUCCGGCCUCUUGGCAGUCAGAGUUGUUCCGCAAACGGCAGGCACAUCGUGCUUAUGGCUCCAUGAUUCCUACGCCAGUCUGCCUGGGGAUCACGUUUGAGCAGGCAGAGCUGCAGUCGAGAGGGAGCUGA